AUGCUAUUUUAUUCGUUUUUUAAAACACUUAUUGACACACAAAUAGUCGUAGAAUUAAAAAAUGAUUUAUCUAUAAAAGGCAUUCUAAAAUCUUGUGACCAAUUUCUAAAUCUACGAAUUGAUGAUUGUCAAGUUUUAGAAGAAUCAAAAUAUCCGCAUUUGAGCUCUGUAAAAAAUAUGUUUAUUCGGGGAAGCGUUGUUAGAUAUGUACAUUUGCCUUCAGAAAAUGUUGAUACAGCUCUUCUCGAAGAUGCAACUCGUAGGGGUGAUACAGCUUAUAUUUAUAUAGAUUCAUUAGCUAAAUUUUUUACAGAAGCUCAAAUUCAAAGUCAAAAAAAUGAGCGAUGA